AUGGUACAAAGAGGAACGCGCAUAGGGCCGCUGCCUGGGGGUCGCCGGGGCGCGUCUGGAGCUGGCGCUGGACGCGGCAGCAUGCGGGCCGCCAGCCGAGCGCGAGGAGCUGUACGAUCACCUAGCAGCCCUCCGCAUCCAUCAUCCCCACCAGAAGGCUUGGUGUCGGCUGGGUCUUCUCGGACUCAGCAAGCGGCACCCGCCGCUGGUGGAGCACGUCGCAUGCGUUGGUCACAAACAAUGAACGCAAACGCACUGCGGGCGUACUUUAGGGCAAAAGGGGAAGAAACUGGAUGUUUGGCAUAUCGGGCUCGGAUGCAUCGCUUUUUUGCAGAGCUGGAGCCAUCUCUAUCCGUCACUGAGCAAAACCUGGCAGACCGAGUUCGGUACAUCCUGCGCUCCAACAUAUUUGGUGACGCCGAACUCGAACGACUACGACGUGAGGCUGUUCCCUCAUCGGAUGGAAAUGCUACGGCUGGGAAUGCGGCGCCACUAAUUGCGCAGCAAACUGCAAAUGUGGACGCUGCCGUCAAUAUUCCAUUUGUAGUUGAUUCAGACGAUGAUGGAAUAGUCCCCCACGAACUAGAGAAAAUGAGGAGCAUAUUGGAAGAGUCGAUGCUGGAAACGCGCAGCCUGCCUCUCGAAAAUCGACCGCGACUUCCCCGCAUACCCCUUAGCAAGCGAAAUCGGGCUGUCGUGCGGGCUCUUAACCCAAUGCUGGUGACCUAUUUGGAAGCCAGCCGGGACCUUUGCGAGACGGACUCUAUUCUUUUUGGCGCCGCACUGGCAGUAUGCCGUAUUAUUGGCGCCAAACUUCCCAUGGCUGGACGUGCUACUCAACAAGGUAGUGCCAUCCCAGCCUGGAGAAAAAGAAUCGAGGACCGUAUCGCAAAGGCAAGGGCCCUAUCGGCAGACCGACAAGCUUCAGGUCGGCCGGAUAUCACGCAGAAACUAACGGAGCGCAUAGAUGACCUGAAGCAAAAAAUCGCUGCUUGGGGGAAGCGGAUUCGACGAUUUAGCGAGAGGUCAAGGCGGUUCAACCAAAAUCGUCUCUUCCAGAGUGAUCAGAAGAGGCUCUAUAAAUCAUUAGAGCGACCAGAGGUAUGUGGAGCGGGCCCAGGGACCGGAUCAGGCGACACUGUCGCAUUUUGGCGUGGCCUGUGGUCAGAGCCCGUAAACCACAGCGAGGGCCCUUGGAUGGAAGUUGUGGCGAGCCGGAGUGCAAGUGUUACGCCUAUGGACCCCGUCACCAUAACGCCUGAAGACGUGGCUGAGGCGGUCCGUAGGGCCCCGAACGGAAAAGUCCGGGGCUCGACGGACUGCAUCAUUACUGGCUGA